AUGAAUAGUAAAAACGAUUGGAUAAAAUUUUUUAAUGAUAAUAACAUUGAAAAAAAAGAUUAUGAUAAAUGGAAAUUUUCUGGAUUAUCUAUUCCAGAAUGUAAAAUCGCAAUAGAUAAUGGAUGGACUGAUCAUAAAAUAUUAAACAAUCAUAUUAAAUAUCGAAAUUUCAGGAAAAUAAACGUCUUGGAAAUUAAAAGAUCUGAACUAGAUGUCUUAUUAGAUUUACUUGAAGAUAUCUUGGAUAAAAACAAAAAUACCUUUAAAUCUUUACCCGCAAAUUAUAAAGAGAUAAACAUAAAUAACCUAGAUAAUAAAAUAUUACCACGUGGUGCAAAAAAAAAUGAUCUUUUAAAAGCAAUAAAUGAUAAAAGGAAUACCUUUAGAUACAAAAUAGAUGAACCUAAUAAUGAAUUUGAUAAUGAUGGUUUAGAUCCAAACGAAUAUCAAAAAAUAAUAAAAUCUAUAAACGAAACUAAAGAAAUAGUAUUUAACAAAUGGAAAAACAAAGUAACCACUGAAUUUCUCAAUAAAUUCUUGGAUGGAUUCUUAAAGAGAAAAGGUGAUGAAAAUCUUGUAGAAAAAGAUCUCAGUGGAUGGUUGAAUGGUAAUGAAAUACUACCUGGAACAGAUCAAUUACUGGGUUAUACAUUGAAAGAUGAACUAAUAAAAAUAAUAAAAGUGGCUGAAAUAAUAAACGGUAAAUUCACAGGAGAUAUUAAUCAAGAAAUUUUAAAAAAUGGAAUAUCCGGUGCUGAUGUUUUAAAAGAAGAAGAGAAACUCAGUAAAAUAUUAGCAGGAGCAUAUCUACUUCCGUAUGUUUUUAACUUGAUAGGUUUCGAUCCAGAUAAAUUAAUAAAUGAAAAUUAUGAUCCUAUAAUUACUGAUCCUAAAGAUCCUAAUAACAGCAUUUAUAAUAUUGCAAAUUUUGCCAAAACAAAAAAAGAAACAAAAACCAAAAAAAUAAAAAUCAAAGAUCCAAAAACAAGUAAAAUAAAAGAAGUAACAAAAACAACAGAAACAACAAUAGUCGAUGUUGAUGGUCCUGGAGUCUUGCCUGUAUUAACCGGUGGUGGUAAAACAACUAAAUUAGCAAGAUGUCUAUUAACAUGCAUUUUUCCUGGAAAACAUAUAAUAUUGAUCACACCUAAUAAUAAAUUAGCCGCUGAUGCUGAAAAUCAUCAUACAACUUGGUUACAAUAUACCGGUGGUGUCCCAUAUAAAUGCGUAAUUCAUGGAAAAGAAGGUAAAUUACCUUACGGUGUUAAAAAAGAUACUCUUGCUUCAUGGAUCGAUGGCAAUAACAAUGACGAAAAAAAAUCAAUCAAUAAAGAUGGUGAAUCAACAUUAUCGAUAUUACAACUACAUCAUCUAACAAGAUACAUCGCAUGUGGAAAAACCAAAAUUAGUGAAAUAACAAUAAGUAACAGUAAAGAAAAGAAAGACGUGGAGUUUACUAUUGAUGAUAAUAUAAAAAAAAUGAAAGAAAAAAUCAAAGAAAAAUUGAUUGAUAAAGAUAACACCAUAAUAUUAUUCGAUGAAGCACAUUUUCCAGUCACAUCUUAUCAAGUAAUACAACCUUUGCUCAUCAGGAUGGGUUAUAAACUUUUAGUAAUGAGUGCUACCUUUCCGAAAAAAAAAUUUUCCAUAUCAACAUCAAAACCUAGAGAAGUUUAUUCAAUAACCGAAUUCAAAGAUCAGACAGAUUGGGCUAAUGAAAAAACACAAAUAUUUUUCAAGACAACUACAGACGAAUAUAAACUUAAACCAUCAGGCGAAGAAGAUCUGAGUGCUAUAACAUUAAAAUCUGGAUUAGAUCCAAAAAAAUUUAAAAUGUUGGAAGAUAGUGAUAUCCUAUUUGUGAUAUUUGAUGCUACGAAUUCUUCUGCUGUAACGGGUAUAAUCGAAGGAAUGCCACCCGGUUCUUUGUUUAUCGCGAAUGUAAAUCAUGAAAUGGGUUUCUCUCCUGAUAUCGAUAAUGUGAUAUUAACUGGUGAAACACAAUUAAAAAAAUUAGGAACUGAUGCUCAAAGAUGGAUUUAUGAUACUCCUGAUAUUAAUUUUUUAUCCGUCGCUAGUAUGGUUCAACAAAUAGGUCGUGUUGGUCGUCUCAAACCUGGAAAAGCUUAUUUAACAACACAACAACUUGAAGAAUUAACUCCCUCUCAAGACAUUGUUUAUCAUAUAAUCAACGCAAUAAUAGCACCAGCUAAAGAACUACCAAUGAAAUAUUUAAAUGAUAAAGGUUAUAAAUUUACCGGUGGUCAAGGAGAUGAUGAUUAUCAAAAUCUAUUAUGGUCUUCCAUCGCUUUCACAACCAAACAAAAUCGUCCUGUAGAAGCAGUGAUGGUAGGUAUGGUAGGUAAACCGAAAGGAUCAAAAUCAUCAAGAAAAAUAUGUCCUACUUUUGAUAAUGAUCCAAAACCAGACUUGGUAGAUAAAA